AUGUGCGCCGAGACUCAACGGUGGAGCAUGACGACCGGCCUCCGGAACUCUGCCGAGAGCGUCGCCAAGCGGGUCGCCAAACUCACGUCGGGCGUCUCGUCGAAGCUGGACAAGGCCAAGACUAUCGACAAGGGCACCCGCAUGGACAUCGCGUCGAGGGUGAAGAAGAUGAGGGAGAUCGUGGACGGCUUCGACAAGCUGUCCUCCGAACGUCUCAAGGGGCUGGAGGAGCGGGACAGGAAGAGGCGAGAACGGGCCGCGGCGGACAAGGCCAAGCCGAGACGAAAAACUCGCUCGAAGAACGGCACCCCCAAGAGCUCCCCGCGGCCCCAGGCCACGGAGCCUCCUGUCGUAGUCUACGCGCCCAGGGCUCACAUCGAGGCCCCGGUGCGCGCACCUCCGCCCGCUCCGCAACCCAGGAUGCAGGAGUACGUCCAGCAGAGGGGGCCGCCCCGGCCGUCGCCGCUCAUCGUGUCCCGGGACAUCGCCCCGCCCCCGCCGCAGGCAUCUCCUGGAACGGCCAGCAAGAUCAUGUCGAGGGAGCCCGAGAUGGCGGUCGAAGGAGGCAUGGCGCGCACUUUCGACGCGCUGUACCACCUCGGGCUGGUCCCCAUCUCGGUCAACAUUACGAGCGAGCAGCAGGGAGAGAAGACCGCCAAGUUCGUGGCCCCCUGGCGCGACCUGGACCGAGACAACUGCAUGAGAUUCUUCGCGCCGGACUGCAACUCCAUCGCCGUGCGGACCGGGGCCAUCUCCGGGAUCCUCGUGGUCGACUUCGACAACACGUCGGAACGCGGCGCCGAUGAGGCGGAGGGCGGCAGCAAAGUCAACGGCAUGGAAGCCCUCGAGAUGUGGUCGCUGCGCCACGGGCCGGACCUGCACACCUGGACGGCCAAGACGGGCAAGGAGGGCAUCCACCUGUACUACAGGUACCCGGGAGCCGGCGCGGCAUACGGCCUCGGCAACCGCGCGGGCAUCUCCAUCGAGGGCAGGGAGCACGCCGUGGACAUCAGGGGCGACGGAGGGGUCAUCUUCGCGCCGGGCUCGUCCUACCGAGCCUGCGACGGCCGGACCCUCAGGUACGAGUGGGUCAGGCACCCGCGCGACACGCCCCUCCUGGACGUGCCGCCGUGGCUCGAGGAGGUGCUCGUCGAGAACGACAGGUCCGGCGGCUCCCACGCGCGGCAGAGGGGGGCCAGGGGCGCCCCGGCGAGGGGGCUCUCCACUCUCAGCCGGCUCCCCGGCGCGCCCAACGCUCCCUUCAGGUUGUAUCGCAUGCAAGACGUACCCUUCUGUGCCGGGCAACAAGACUCCGGGACCAGGCCCUCCGGGCCGGUCCUGGACGAGACGGAUGCCGCCACAGAGGGCCUGGACGAGGCCGCCAUAGACCGGCUCAUCAACGCGUCCGACUACGAGGACCCGCACGCCAGGCAGAGCCGGGCCCAGGACCGCAUCCGCUUCAGGGCGACCAUCGCGGAGCUGGAGGAUUUGCUGGCGAACCACGCGAGCCACCCGGACACCACGUCCGUCUUCGACUCCGUGUACCGGGGCAAUAUCUUCACGUUCCGCGUCAAGGGCCCCCGCGUGUGCACCUACGGCGUCAGGCACUCCGGCUCCAACAACUUCUCGGUCAAGGUCAUCGACCGGAACUGCUUCGUCUACUGCCACGGCACCAUCUGCUCCGGCCUCGCCAAGCAGCACCUGGGGCGCCUCUCGAUCGGCGCCUACCUGGAACGCUCGUCCAACAACCCUGUCUCCAUCCACGACAACUCCGUCCUGGACGUCCUGCAGACGGGGGAGCACCUCCUCAAGAGCUACGUCCACACGGAAAGCAGCAAGGCCGCCGCGCACGUGUACGCAGCCGCGGUCAAGGGUGGGCGCGUCGUGGUGGACCAGGACGACCAGUUCUGGCUAUGGGCCGGCACGGUCUACAGACAGAUCGGCCUCAGCGACGUCAAGUACCUCGCGUCCGAGCAGCUGGAGUUCGUCUUCCGCGCCUACAACGAGCGCGUGCGCCAAGAGUGUCGCGUCGCGGCGGCCGCCGAAGGGACGGAGGCCGCCGAAGAGGACGCGCCCCCCAGCAAGCGCAGAGCCACGGCCCCGCACGAGAAGAAGGCCAAGGUGCUCGCGGACCUGCGCAAGUGCGGCAACUCCAGCUUCAUGGACAACACCCUCAAGUUCCUGAAGCCCAUCCUGAAGCAGGUCGACUUCCUGGAGUCCCUCGACCAGGUGCCGGACCUGCUGCCCUGCAAGAACGGGAUCGUGGACCUUCGCACGGGAGAGCUCCGCCCCCACCACCCGCGCUACCUCAACACCAAGCUGGUGGACGUGCCCUACAGGGCGGCCCCCUCCAGCACCGCCUGGCGCGACUUCGUGAGCGACAUCUUCAACGGGAACCAGCGCAUCCUGGAGUACAUGCAGAUCCUGCUGGGCUACUUCAUCACCGGCGACACGUCCCAGAGCGUCUUCACGGUCUUCACGUCCGGCGGAGGCAGCGGCAAGUCCGUCCUCGUGAACGCCCUGCGGGAGACCCUGGGGCCCUACUACGCGGUCCUCAACAAGGACGUCAUCAUGGACGGCAAGUCGCCCUCCAGGGGCGCCGCGGACCCCAACAUGAGCGCGCUCGAGGGCAAGCGCCUGGCCAUCACCGAGGAGACCGCCAGCCUCGCGAAGCUGGACGAGUCGGUCGUCAAGUACCUCACCGGCGACUCCUACGUGACCUGCCGCAACCUGUACGAGAAGCCGCGCUCCUUCAAGCUCAUCUCCAAGAUAGCCAUUUGCACUAACCACGCCCCCUCCUUCGACGGCACCGACUUCGCCAUGCUCCGCCGCAUCCUCUACAUCCUCUUCCCGAAUGUUUACGUGAGCGCGGACAGGUUCGACGCCACCAACCCCGUGCACCGCCUCGCGGACGUGGAACUCAACACCAAGCUCAAGACCCCGGCAACGAAAGCAGAGAUCCUCCACUGGCUCGUCCAGGGCGCCGUCAAGUUCUACGCCGCCAAGGAGCGGAACGGACUGGUGCUCCACGACAAGCCCCCCGAGUUCGAGGCCGCACUCAAGUCCUACAUCGCGGAGAACUCUCCCCUCGAGACGUGGAUCAAGGAGAGCUGUAUCGUGAGGAAGGACGACCCCGACGUCUUCGAGAUCACCAGCGAGCUCUUCGAGCUGUACCGGAGCGAGACCGGCGAUCGGGCACUGACGCUCAACGCGUUCAGUAGGGGGCUCAGGAAGCUAGGGUUCAACGCGGUCGGGGGCAACAAACGUUAUUUCGGAGACGUACAACAUAGGGUCACCGUGGGCCUCAAGCUGAUCACCCCGCAGCACUAG